AUGCCCUAUGUAUACUCUUCUCUCGAAGGCGAACAUGGAGAGAGACAUAUCCGAGUUCUCAAACUUCUCUCCAAAGGAGAUGAGCCACGACUUAGGUGUUCUCUCGAGAUCAUUGAUCUCAACGAAUCACCCGUUUACGAUUGCCUGUCCUACACAUGGAGCGAUCCGCUCUACCACGAGCUCUCUGCAGGAUAUCCCUUGGACAUCAGGACAACAACCGGCGAUCUCGACCACGAGAUUGAGUGCGAUGGCAAAAUGAUACCAAUUACCGAAAAUCUCGAAGAUGCAUUGUUGCAAUUCAGCAAGACUGGAUUUAUCUCCAAUUCUGUGGACGGUCGAGCAGAGAAUAAAGAUGGCCUUAUAUGGAUCGAUGCGAUCUGCAUCAACCAAAAGAAUGAUGCAGAGAAAAACGAUCAGAUACCUAUGAUGGAUGAAAUAUACACUGGAGCAAGAAGAGUUAUUGCGUGGCUAGGGAGAUGUGAUGAGCAUGUUCAUCCUGCCCUCGAAAUCAUCCAAAGAUUCAAGUCCAUCCCUCCGGAAAAAGGCAAAGUCACAAUAACAGACCUUGAAGGUCCUGAAUACGAAUCUCUUUUCGGGAGUCCGCCAAUCUCGUCCCAGCAGUGGAACGACUACGCAGCAUUCAUUCAGCGAGCAUGGUUCAACCGCGUAUGGAUUAUCCAAGAGGCAUUUCUGGCCAAGCAUAUCGACGUGCUUUGCGGCCCACAUGUACUUUCUUGGAGACAUGAUUUCUGGGACGUAGCAAAGUUUCUCAGAGACACGAAUUUGGGUACUUUGCUCAUGGAGCAAGCUGAUGGGACUGCUCAUCCAGAUCGUAAAUCGACGGCUUAUGUCAACAACAGUCUCAACAAUCAAUACCAACUUGAGGUUAUGAAGGCGCAAUCGGCAAAGGAACCACUGUCUCUCGAAAAGCUCCUAGUCUACAGCCGCUACUUCCAAGCUGGACAAGCACAAGAUCAUGUCUAUGGCUUGCUUGGUAUCUGGAAGUCUUCGAACAGAACGAGCAAAUUGCCUCCUGAUAUGAUGAUAGAUCAAACUCUGGAUCGAGAUGCUGAUGAUUUCGUUGCUCGUGUCUUCACAAAGUAUUCUUGGGUUUCGAUUCGGAACACGCAGGACCUCAAUGUCCUGUCACUAGUUGACGAUCCAGCUACUCGAGAACAACAUCACCUACCUUCUUGGGUCCCAGGCUACAGUGUUGGAUUUCAUGUUCAUCCUCUUGCCGGCGUCCCACGACCCGAGCCUGGAAAGGAGCGUUGGAAUGCGAGUGAAGGGCUUCCACCAUUCGAAAUACCAACUUCGGACUCGGAAAGAUUAUCAGUCAAGGGCAUCCGAUUCGAUACGAUCGACGAAUUCGCAACUACAUACUCCGGAGUCAUGGAUCAAUAUGACAUCAAUAGCUUGCUGGAACUCGUUGCUCGCUACCCAGGAGAGAAGUAUCCAUCUGGAUGCACAUCCCUGGAAGCUUUCUGGAGGACUCUUAUCAAGGAUACGUUUUGUGGCACUCCAGCUGGCGCCGAGGCUCGAGCCGCAUUCCAGUACUUGAUAGCGGGCUGUGUGGGACACUUGGAAGAUGCAUCUGAAGGUUUAGAAGAAGAUGAUGUCGACAACACAGCUGCGCUUUCAACCCUGUUGGACAAGACAAAAAUUACUAUUAAACAAAUCAGCAGGAAGUACAAUGACACUGUGGUGCCAGAUGUGGAAGAGAUCAAUGAUAUUCUUGAAAGGGUAGGGACUCUAGAUCCUGAUUCGGACGAGAAGAAGAAGCUGGAUCGAGAUUUCGAUGAUAUAUCUGAGAGUUUCAGAAUUGCAUAUUCUUGUCGAAGACUCUUCAGGACAAAGAAGGGCUAUCUUGGUAUUGCGGCCGAGUCACUUGGGACAGGUGAUUCUGUUUGGGUCUUGGCUGGUGCGGCGGUACCUUUAGUCUUGAGACCUGCUGGAGAUGGCUGCUGGAGGCUGGUUGGAGAAGCUUACAUUCAUGGCAUCAUGAAUGGAGAGGUAGGGAGAAUGAUUGGUAAAGAGCUUGAGCAGAUUUCGCUAGUUUAG